AUGAGCACCUCCAAGAAAGUGUUGAUGUUACAUGGAUACUCCCAAUCCGAUGUCAUAUUCAGAGCUAAGACAGCAGGGAUGAGGAAACAGCUACAGAAAAAGGGAUAUGAACUCAUCUACCCCUGUGGACCUUACAAGCUUCAUUCCAAAGACUUCAAUGAUUCAGAAGUGGACUUGAGAGAUUCAGAGAAAUCUACUGGCAUGUAUGGCUGGUUCUUGAAGGAUCCAGAAACUCAUAGCUACACGCUAGAACCAGAACUGUUAGAAUAUCUGGCACAAUAUAUUAAAGAAAACGGUCCCUUUGAUGGAAUUGGUGGAUUCAGUCAAGGUGCUGGACUAGCAGGGUAUCUAUCCACUGAUUUAUGGUCCAUUCUGCCGCUAAACAAGGAGGAACAACCGCCUUUCAAAUUCGCUAUGUACUUCUCCGGUUUCAAAUUCGAACCAGAACAGUUCCAAGCUCCGUACGAGACACAUCCAAUCCAAUUAAAAACUCUACAUAUUGUGGGGGAACUAGAUUCCCUCGUUACUGAAGAAAGGUCAAUGAAGUUGUUCGAAGCGUGUGAUCCUUCAACACGCACUAUGGUAAAGCAUUCCGGUGGUCACUACAUUCCUAAUACUAAACCGUUUAUCAAUAUGAUUUUGAGUUGGCUGCAUGCACAAGCAGAUGAAAAUUUAAGGGAACUUUCGGGUUCUGAAGAAUCUGCUAUGAAAAACACCGUUAACAACUCCGAUCCACAAUUGGACGAUGAUUUAUUAGAUAUGAUUGACUCUUUCGGUAAGAUCUAG